AUGGCUGAUGCUCUUGUUGGUGCUACCAUAAGGAUUACGUUAGAGAAGGCAGUUGGCAUUGCUAGUGACCAGAUUGGCGUGGUUUAUGGAUUCAAGGAGGAUCUGGUGAAGUUCAAAGCAUCUGUGGAGAUGAUCCUAGCUGUCUUGGCUGAUGCUGAGGAAGAGCAGCCGAAGCAGCAGGCAGUGCAGCUUUGGCUGAAGAGACUUGAAGGACUGGCUUAUGAAGCUGAUAACGUGUUGGAUGAGCUCAACUAUGAUGUUCUAAGACAACAGGUAGAGACCGGAAAGAGAAAUGGUAACCAACUGAAAGGAAAGGUACGCUCUCUUUUCCAUUCUAACUCAAUUGGUUUUCGUUGGAAAAUGGGUCAAAAGAUAAGGGAUUUGAACAAGAAGUUGAACAUUAUUAAUGAAGAAGCGAAUAGCUUUGGACUCAAGUCCCAAUUGGGGGGUAGUGGUACAAAAGCUACUCUGCUUCCCGACAUUAGUAGAACUGUGAUGGUCAAUCGUGAGACUGACUCCGUUGUUUUUCCUAAUAUUGUGGGUAGAGAGCAUGAUAAGUUCAAAAUAGUGCAGAAGAUUUCGAGUGAGACCAGCAAUGUUAUUUAUGUUUUGCCCAUAACUGGAAUGGGUGGUUUGGGAAAAACAACUCUGGCUCAGUCAAUUUUCAACGACCAGCAAAUCGAGAGGCAUUUCGAUUUAAAGAUUUGGGUUUGUGUAUCUGAAGAUUUUGAGGUCACUAGGAUAUUCAGACUAAUCUUGGAAUCGUUGACAAGACGCAAAGUUGAUGUAGCUAGUAGAGACGUUAUUGUCCAAGAGAUUCGAAAAGAAAUCGAGGGCAAACGAUAUCUUCUUGUAUUGGAUGAUCUUUGGAAUGAAAUUCCUUUACUCUGGACGGAUUUUUAUCGUUCUUUGACUGGAAUAAGCACGACCAGAGGAAACUGGUGUCUUGUGACUACUCGUCAGCUACAAGUGGCAACCGUUGUGGCUACAUAUCCUCCCUAUUCAUUAGGGAAGCUAUCUGAUGAUGAUUGCUGGACUAUAAUAAAAGACAAAAUGAUAGGAAGUGGGGAAGUACCAGAAGAAUUGCAAGUACAAGAAAAGGAAAUCACAAAAUGGUGCCAAGGUCUACCACUUGUUGCAAUUGUUAUUGGAGGUAUGUUGCGUAUGACAAGGAAGGAGGAGUGGCUCUCAAUUGUGAAGAAUGGGCUUUUGAAGUCUACUGGAGAUGACUGUAGUGUCAUGCAAAUACUCAAGCUGAGCUUUGAUCAUUUGCCAUCUCUAUCCAUUAAAAAAUGCUUUGCAUACUGCUCGAUGUUUUGCAAGGAUUUCAAGAUAGAAAGGAGGAAGUUAAUCCAACUUUGGAUGGCAGAGGGAUUUCUUCAAUCAAAUCUUGAAAAUGAAGUAAUGGAGGAAAUAGGUGAUAAGUAUUUCAGAGUUUUGGUGGACAGUUCCUUGUUGCAUGAAGAAAUUAGCAGUGAUAAGCGGACAUUUGGUCGAAUGCAUGAUCUCGUACAUGACCUUGCACAAUCUAUUUCGAGAUGUGAAAGCAUUGUUUUAAACUCAUCUGGAGAAAUUACACCAAAAAACUCUGAAGUCAUAUCUAGUUCACUUCGUUCAUUAUUUCCAAGGAGUCCUAUAUCGGAGGACCUAGUACCAAAGUUGAAGAACUUGCGUGUUCUAGACUUGUCUUCAGCAAAUACUGUGGAGUUGCCAACAUCAAUUGGUAAACUAAUCCAUCUGCGCUAUCUUGAGUUUCCACACACUCAAAUAAAAACUUUGCCAGAAUCUCUUUGCAAGCUUUAUAAUUUGCAGACUCUGAAGUUCAAUUGCAUUUCUCCAAUGGACCUUCCAGAGCAGAUGAGCAAGUUGAUUAGCUUGAGACAUCUAUCCUAUUACAAUAAUGAUAGAAAAGUGCAGAUGCCGCUAGGGAUGGGGAGAUUAACUUGUCUUCAAACGCUGGACUUCUUCAAUGUUGGUGAAGAGAAAGGACGCCAAAUUGAAGAGCUUGGAUGCUUAAGAGACCUGAAAGGUUUCCUGAGGAUCCGCAAUCUUGAACUAGUAGAAGGCAAAGAAGCAGCUGAAAGGGCAAAAUUGUUCGAAAAGCAGAAUUUGUCUUCGCUAUCACUUGAAUGGGGUGGUAGAUGGGAAGUUGACGGUGCUGAUAUAAAUGUGUUGGAUGGCCUCCAACCUCACCCCAAUCUGCAAGUAUUAGAAGUUGAAAAUUUCAUGAGUAAUCGAUUUCCACUGUGGUUGAUGAAUCUGUCAACAAGUCUCGACAAAUUGGUAUGUCUACGGCUAAUAAACUGCAGAAGAUGCACAGAGCUUCCUGCACUUGGACAACUGCCAUUUCUCCAGUCUCUGGCCAUGAUUGGACUGGAAAAGGUAACAGUCAUUGGGCAUUCAUUCUAUGGCUUAUGCAAUCCAAGUGGAUCCAGAAGCUCUCGUAGUUCUAGUCAAUUGUCUAGAAAGGUGUUUCCACAUCUUAAAUGUCUCUACCUCUACAAUAUGAACAAUCUCGUUGAGUGGAUGGAGGCAGAAGCAACAGAAGGUGAAGUAUUAGAUGUGUUCCCCAUGCUGGAGACAUUGAAGAUACAGAAUUGCUGUAAACUAAACAGAGCUCCAAAUUAUUUCCCAUGCCUUAGACAAUUGGUAAUUGAAAAUUAUCGUGAUGGUUUGUAUUAUCAGUUGAAAACACCGAAUAAAAGCCAUGCUUUGGUGUUAAAAGAUAUUUUGAGCAAAGCGACCACUCUCUCAACACUCAGUAUAGGAGGCCAGGCAGGACUCACAUGCGUUUCUGAUGUGUUAGCAGUUCACAACAGCCAAAAUUUAAAAUACCUGUCAUUAGAGAGCUGUCCUCAUUUACUGCAUCUAGGUGACUUGCAUAAGUUGCUUUCUUUGGAACACUUGUCAGUAGUAAGGUGUCCUAAUCUCAAGACUAUCGAUCUUAUAGUUCCAAAUGACCAGCAACAUCUCAAAUCUCUUCGAAGUUUGACAAUUGGUCAAUGCAAUGGCUUGAGAAGUCUUCCAAGUGAAAUUUUAGAGCUCAAUACAUCUCUCCGGGAACUCAGACUGUACGAAUGCCACAAUCUUGUGUGGUUUCCAGUUGAUUUGCAACAGAUGCCUUCUCUUUCAGUGUUAUGGCUAAGUAACUGUCCCAAGUUAACCACUAUGCCCCAAGGAUUUGGUGGUCUUACCAGCUUAAGGGAAUUAUGUAUUGGUCCCUUCUCAGAUACUUCAAUGGAGAACUAUGGAUAUGAUUGGGGUGGCCUCGCUCUGAGUCCCUGCCAAAUCAACUUCAAAAUCUGA